AUGUCGCGCGUAGUCGUGAUGGCACUGGUGCUGUGUUUCGCCAUAGAAGCCGUGCCCGCCGUUACCGCCGUGCAGAGCGCUAGCUGCAUCUUCCUCAGCUCUCCGCCGUCGUACACGUUCAUUGGGGGCGGGUUUCACAUGCAGCUCGCGCUUGAGUAUCCUCUGCCGGCCAAGGACGUGCGCCUCAGCUUCGACCUCCCCAAGUCUUUCUUCGUUGAUGAGGCGGAGGCCGAGCAGCUCUACCGGAUGGAGGUGCUCUCUGCAAACGCGAUGACGCAGGGAACGGUCGCUGUCGUCGUGGCUGACGUGACGCGCGCCUACACACCGCUGCGCAUUGCAUCCCGGUAUGCUUCCGACAUUGAGGCCCCGGUGUUCAAGGUCAACUACACGACGAACCGUGUGGCGCUGAGAUUCGAGCAGGUGGGCAGCGAUGGCGCGGGCAGCGCGCUUGACGCGUACCUCGCGGAGGACGGUGCGCAGGCGCAGGUCCCGUUUCGAGCGCGCCUCGUUAUACCGGUACACUCCCGCUACGAAGUCCUGGACACCACAACGCCCUUCUCACUGUUGCGCUUCAUCACUGGUGAGGGUGCCUACGUGCGCCGGUGCUUGACCAGGGUGGACGUGGCCGGCCGUGCAGACCCGCGCUGCUCAACAGGCACGUACAGCGCCAGCGCCGCCGUGGCCACAUCAGAGGAGACACCGCAUUACAAGCACUGUCUCGACCUGCCCGUUGGUCUGCUGGACGACCUUCCGUACGUGUACCACACACUUAUGGGGCUCCUGGUGGCUGGCGCCGCCCUAGUUAUCCUCGCUAUCCGUUAG